AUGGCCUGUUCGAUGACUACAUUGUUAGAGACUGCGUUUGAAGUAGUUCCAGAAGCUGUAGGGCUAGCAAUAAUUAUUUCUAAUAACUACGAGCAAGAGUGCGACAACAAGGACAAGCGAAGACGUCACAACCUACCUAUUCUACAUGCUACAAAAAGUGAUGGAGAUUCAAUGGCUGAAGCUUUUAAAGAGCUAGGCUACGCCAUUGUGCGUAUACACAACGAGAUCACAGUUACGUUCCUGAAUACACUUCUAAGGAAAGCAACCAUUAUCCAAUACCCAAAGUCUUGCAAAAGGAUAGCUUUUGUAUUUGCUGGCCAUGGACGAAAUGAGCCUAAAUCUGGUACCACUCUAAUUAUGAAUGAUGGAGAGAGUAUACGAAUAGACUCCAUUGUUGAGACUCUUUCUCCUCGUGAUCCUGGUAAUGCAAUUGGUAAUAAGGUCCGCAUGUUCUUCAUUGAUGCUUGUAGAGGAGUUGGCAGGGACGAAGGAAGGCUUGUACCUCGAGGUGAUGGGGAUCGUAUAGAUCUAGAAAAGCAACGGCUAUCAAUCAAUGCUGCUAACUACUUGCUUUCCUUCUCAACCCUUAUUGGUUUUGAGUCAUUGGAACAAAUAGAAAGUACAGGAGAGUCUCAGGGACUAUGGCUGCCACGCGUUGCCAGAAACCUGAUCACUUGUGAUGCUUCAAUUGGUGACGUUCUGAUAAAAGUAAACGAGGAGCUGUUGACUGAAUUUCAAAACGAAACAAAGUAUCCGCGUAUGAUGCAACCAGUUUUCAUUAACACACUCAAUGAGUCAGUGUUCCUGUUAAGGGAAAAGCUUCAAGCUAUAGGAUUAAGUACAGCUGCAACAACAAGUACUGAAUCUAGUGAUAAAGACCAAUCCAAAGUGCCCACCAAAGUGACCAAACGUCCUAGUGCUGAUCAGGCUUCCAGACCUGAAUUAGCAGCUGCUCUCUCUCAACAAGCACCAGGGGCUCAAAUGCACAUUACAGAACAGCCUUUACCUAGGGAAAGAGCAAUGAGCUUACCACCAACAACAGAAUUAGUUCAACAAAAAGCACCACUCCCCGAUGACAGUGGUUAUUACAAAAAACAGCUUAAUGAGUUGAUGCAGAAGAAGAUCAUUAGUGAUUCUUACACUAAGAGUUGGAAGGAAGAGGUCCACCCCAAGAUUCAAGGUAAAUUUAAAGCCACAGUUGAGUGUGUGCUGCUAGUUGGUGACAAUAGCACUGUCUUUGGAGAUAGCAAGGAAUAUUAUAAUGGAAAGAAUCUUGCUAAAGAAGCAGCAGCUGAAGAUGCUGUUAGAAAAAUAGGGGAAAAAGUACCAGGAGUAGUUUCAGCAAGAAUAAGUUCACUGCCACCUAUAGCUACUGGUAGAAGUGAUAUACCAGUACUUACGAACAAGCAGAAUCUUAACAAUCAUUUUCAAGGGGAGCUACAGGAUAGUCUACCAACCUAUGAUACAGUGCAAGUUGACGACAAUCGAUUCCAAUGCAGUAUAACCCAUGAAUGGUUUGGCAGCGAAACGAUUACUGGUGACAUCUGCUCUUCAAAGAAAGAAGCAGAAGACAGUGCUGCAUCUAAAGCAUUGGAACGCUGUCAAAAAUAGACAGACAGUAACGUCACAUUUAAAUGUAGCAAUUUUCUGCUCAUUUAGUGACUGUUGCUGUGGCUUAUAAUUAUU